UUGUUGUUUUUUUUUUUUUUACUUUACAUUAAAUACAUGGGUAAAUCAGCGCCCCGAGGGUGGGGUUACCACGAUUGUUAUUUCACGGCGAGGGAGGAGCUUCCCAAAGCGAGGAGGAAAAAAAACAACGGAAAUGAAACGAGGAGAGAAAGAAAACCCGAGGGGAAAAGGCGGAAAAAGAGAGAAAAAAAAAGGGAAAAAAAAAAAAAAAGGAAAUAAAACAAAAGGGUGGCAGGAGCUGCGGUGUCACCGUUUGGGUCACCAAUUUGGGGACAGCGAUGUCACCAAGUGCAGAGGAUUUGGAGCACUGGGAAUGUCCCCAAAGUGGCCCCGGGAAUGUCCCCAAGGUGGCCCUGAGGUGGCCCCGGGAAUGGCCCUCAGGUGUCCCCAAGGUGGCCCCAGGAAUGACCCCAAAGUGGCCCCAAGGUGGCCCCAGGAAUGUCCCCAAAGUGUCCCAAGGAAUGUCCCCAAGGUGGCCGCGGGAAUGUCCCCAAGGGGCCCCCAAGGCAGACCCGGGAAUGUCCCCAAGGUGGCCCUGAGGUGGCCCUGGGAAUGUCCCCAAGAUGAACCUGGGAGUGUCCCCAAAGAGUCCCUGGGAAUGGCCCUGAGGUGUCCCCAAGGUGGCCUUGGGAGUGUCCCUGGGAGUGUCCCCAGGAUGGCCCUGGGAGUGUCCCCAAGGUGUCCCCAGGGGUGGGGACAGGGCAAGGACCCAGCGGGCUCUGUCACCACCCUGGGGACACCAAUGUCACCAAGUCCAGAGGCUCUGGAACAGCAGGAAUGUCCCCAGAAUGUCCCCAAGGUGGCCCCUGGGAAUGUCCCCAAGGUGGCCCCGGGAGUGUCCCCAAGGUGGCCCCAGAAUGUCCCUGAGGUGGCCCUGGGAAUGUCCCCAAGGUGUCCCCAGGGGCUUCAUACGGGACCGGGUCCCUCCACCCCACAGGCGCCACCCCGCGUGCCCGAGGGGACAAUCCUGGGUGUCCCCAACUCGGGGUGUCCCCAAAUUCUCAGGUGCCACCACUUUGGGGUGUCCCCACUCUGGGGUGUCCCCACUUGGGUGGCAGCACCCCCGGGGGUCCCCUGGGCAGGAGGGGACAUUGAGGGGACAAUUGGGGCCACCAUGGCUGGGAUCACCUGGGGACAUCGAGGCCACCACCGCGAUCAUUGA